UUUGUUUUGCAGUAGUAAGUAGGGUUGCUUUUCAAUUGCAGCUCACAAAACGCCACACUUGUCUCGCUUCGCUACCCUAUCAUUCAUUCUCUUACCUCUCUCUCUCGCUCUCUUAAUCUCUUUCACUUCACUACCAUUCCCAUAAACCCUCAACUCAGUUUCUCUCUCUCUCUCUCUCUCUCUCUGCAACACCAACAACAAUGGGUGCUUCCUUGCCACCUAAGGAGGCCAAUCUCUUCAAGCUUAUUGUUAAAUCAUAUGAAACCAAACAAUAUAAAAAGGGCCUCAAAGCAGCUGAUGCCAUUUUGAAAAAAUUUCCAGACCAUGGAGAAACUUUAUCGAUGAAGGGUUUGACAUUAAAUUGCAUGGAUCGUAAGUCUGAAGCAUACGAACUUGUUCGUCAAGGAUUAAAGAAUGACCUUAAAAGUCAUGUUUGCUGGCAUGUAUAUGGUCUCCUUUAUCGGUCAGACAGAGAAUACAGGGAGGCAAUCAAGUGCUAUCGAAAUGCACUGAAAAUAGAUCCUGAUAAUAUUGAAAUUCUGCGUGACCUAUCACUCUUACAGGCUCAAAUGCGAGAUUUAACUGGCUUUGUUGAGACAAGACAGCGACUUUUGACUCUGAAGCCAAAUCAUCGCAUGAAUUGGAUUGGCUUUUCUGUUGCCCAUCAUUUGAACUCUAAUACGUCCAAGGCAGUUGAAAUUUUGGAAGCAUAUGAGGGGACUUUAGAAGAUGAUCAUCCUCCAGAAAAUGAACGGUGUGAGCAUGGGGAAAUGCUUUUAUUCAAGAUCUCUUUGUUAGAGGAAUGUGGAUUCCUUGAGAGAGCUCUAGAGGAGUUGCACAAAAAAGAAUCGAAAAUUGUUGAUAAGCUUGCAUAUAAAGAACAAGAGGUUUCACUUUUAGUGAAUCUUAGUCGUUUAGAAGAAGGCGAAACAUUGUACCGGGCAUUACUUUCUAUGAAUCCUGAUAAUUAUAGAUACUAUGAAGGUCUCCAGAAAUGUGUUGGGUUAUAUUCAGAAAAUGGCCAGUUCUCUCCUGAUCAAAUAGAUCGGUUAGAUUCCUUAUACAAAACACUUGGGCAGCAAUAUAAGUGGUCUUCUGCUGCUAAGAGAAUACCGCUAGAUUUUCUACAAGGUGACAAAUUUCGAGAAGCAGCUGAUAAUUAUAUUAGGCCUCUUCUCACUAAGGGAGUUCCAUCUCUGUUCUCUGAUCUUUCUUCUUUGUACAAUCACCCUGGGAAGGCAGACAUUUUGGAACAUCUUAUUCUUGGGUUAGAGCAUUCAAUUAGGAUGUCAGGUCAAUAUCCUGGGAGGGUAGAAAAAGAACCCCCUUCAACUCUUUUGUGGACUUUGUUUUUAUUGGCUCAGCAUUAUGACAGGCGCGGCCAAUAUGAAAUUGCUCUUUCUAAAAUCGACGAGGCUAUAGAACACACACCUACUGUCAUUGAUUUAUAUUCUGUCAAGAGUCGGAUACUGAAGCAUGGUGGUGAUUUGGCUGCUGCUGCUGCAUUUGCAGAUGAAGCUAGGUGUAUGGAUCUUGCUGAUCGUUAUGUUAAUAGUGAAUGUGUUAAGCGCAUGCUGCAGGCUGAUCAGGUGGCUUUAGCUGAAAAAACUGCUGUAUUGUUCACAAAAGAUGGGGAUCAACACAACAACCUUCACGACAUGCAGUGCAUGUGGUAUGAGCUUGCCUCUGGUGAAAGCUAUUUCCGCGAGGGUGAUCUUGGACGGGCACUAAAGAAAUUUUUAGCAGUGGAGAAACAUUAUGCUGACAUUACGGAGGACCAAUUUGAUUUUCAUUCAUACUGCCUAAGAAAAAUGACUUUGUGUACUUACGUGGAAAUGCUUAAAUUUCAAGACCAAUUGCACUCACAUGCAUAUUUUCAUAAAGCAGCUGCUGGAGCUAUUAGAUGUUAUAUUAAGUUGCAUGAUUCUCCCCCAAAGUCUACAGCGGAGGAAGAUGAUGAAAUGUCAAAGUUGCUUCCUUCUCAGAAAAAGAAAAUGAGACAAAAACAGAGAAAGGCAGAAGCAAGAGCUAAAAAAGAGGCAGAAGAAAAGAAUGAAGAGUUAAGUGCCAGCGGGGUAUCGAAGUCUGGGAAACGGAAUGUAAAACCUGUCGAUCCUGAUCCACACGGGGAGAAAUUGUUGCAGGUUGAAGAUCCACUGUUGGAAGCUACUAAAUACUUGAAGUUACUGCAGAAGAAUUCACCUGAUUCAUUGGAGACACACUUGCUCUCUUUUGAAUUAUAUACAAGGAAAGAGAAGAUUUUGCUUGCCUUUCAGGCUGUAAAGCAGUUACUGAGGUUGGAUGCUGAACACCCUGAUUCUCAUCGUUGCUUGAUUAAAUUCUUUCAUAAAGUGGGAUCCAUGAAUGCUCCUGACACUGACAACGAGAAACUUAUUUGGAGGGUCUUAGAAGCCGAGCGCCCAACUAUUAGUCAGCUGCAUGAGAAAUCUUUGUACGAGGCAAACAGCUCUUUCCUUGAAAAACAUAAAGAUUCUUUGAUGCAUAGAGCGGCUUUUGCAGAAAUCUUGUACAUUUUGGAUUCAAACACAAAGUCUGAGGCUGUCAAGUUGAUUGAAGGGUCAGCAAAUAAAGUUGUGCCAACAAAUGGAGCACUCGGACCAAUCAGGGAUUGGAAACUUAAAGACUGUAUUGCAGUUCACAAGCUUCUCGGAACGGUACUCGUUGACCAGGAUGCUGCAUUGAGAUGGAAAGUACGUUGUGCAGAGUACUUCCCUUAUUCUACUUACUUUGAGGGAAGCCGCAGCUCUGCCUCUCUCAACUCGGUCUUCAACCAGUUAUGUAAGAACACAGAAAAUGAGAGUCCUAACCAUGCAGUGGGUAGUCAAAAUGGCAAACUAGAGUCGUCAUUGAAAGAUCUCAGUAUCUGACUAGGUUGAAUAUAUCCAUGAGGCUAACGGACAUGCAAGUUACGCAGUUUGGAUGCUUGGUAAAUCAAACUGCAUUUGAUACCCCCAGAAACGACUCGUUGCAGUUUGCAGCAACAAGGGUCACAGUUUUGGUGCGGGUUGUGGCAAAUUACACUCGUCACCCCGAUGUAUUCUCUUUGCAAGAGUUCUCCCUCUCCCAACUGUGAAAUGUAUUCAGUUUGCAAAUGUGUAUAAGUUUACUUCACUUAUGUUUUAGGAUUGACUUUGUUUAUUUGUUCGCCCUUUUUUCCCGAGAGAUGGUGGACGGGGCUCCAGGGAUUCGCACCUUUGUCUCAGAUUAUCAUUUUGGUCGUUGGGAGAGCUACAGCAUUUUUUAGGUUUCUGGUCCUGCAUCCAGCCAACAUAAUAUGGGGAGAGCAUGUUGUACCUUUCCUAUUUUUAUUGGCUUAUUUAUCGUGUAUACAUAUUAGAUUAUGUGAAAAUUUUGAUACUGGAUACCAAAAUUACAGCUUUCUUAUUGGAUGAAGUUAGUAAAAAAAUAAAAAAAUAAAGUGAAA